GGCGGCUCUAGGCGAGCGCGGGUCCCCGCGUGCGCACACGCACACGCCGCCGCGCAGGGACCGCGGACAACGGCCGCCGGCGGACACACGGACGCGGAGACCGGGGCUUGGCGCGCGCUCCUCGGCGCACACGCUCCCCAUCCCCGGGCGGCUCGGGGCGCGGACUCCCUCUGUGCGCCCUUCCCGCGGAGUCUGCCCCGGGCCGACCCGCAGCCCGCAGCCCCGCGGCGAGGCCCGGCUGUGAGCAGCCCAUAGACACCGUGGGGCUGACCAGCGGCUGCUCUGAGUGGGAGGCGAGCUGUGCUGGCCUGAGUCUCCUUCGGGAUUGAGAAACGUCAUGGCCAGCAUCUUGCAGGCCUCCCUGGCUGCUUUCCUCCUGUUGCCUAUGGCCACCGCCAUGCACUCUGACUGCAUCUUCAAGAAGGAGCAAGCUAUGUGCCUGGAGAAGAUCCAGAGGGCCAAUGACCUGAUGGGCUUGAACGACUCCUCCCCAGGCUGCCCUGGGAUGUGGGACAACCUCACGUGUUGGAAGCCUGCCCGCGUGGGUGAGAUGGUCCUGGUCAGCUGCCCUGAACUCUUCCGAAUCUUCAACCCAGACCAAGUGUGGAAGCUAGAAACCAUUGGAGAGUUUGAUUUCCCUGACAGUAACUCCUUGGAUCUCUCAGACAUGAAGGUGGUGAGCCGGAACUGCACUGAGGAUGGGUGGUCAGAGCCAUUCCCUCAUUACGUGGAUGCUUGUGGGUUUGAUGACUAUGAUGAGUACGAGCCCGGGGACCAGGAUUACUACUACCUGUCAGUCAAGGCCCUGUACACAGUGGGCUACAGCACAUCCCUUGUCACCCUUACCACUGCCAUGGUCAUCCUGUGUCGUUUCCGGAAGCUACAUUGCACCCGCAAUUUCAUCCACAUGAACCUGUUCGUGUCCUUCAUGCUGAGGGCCAUCUCCGUCUUCAUCAAAGACUGGAUCCUCUACGCGGAGCAGGACAGCAACCACUGCUUCGUCUCCACCGUGGAAUGCAAGGCCAUCAUGGUUUUCUUCCACUACUGUGUCGUGUCGAACUACUUCUGGCUGUUCAUCGAGGGUCUGUACCUCUUCACCCUGUUAGUGGAGACCUUCUUUCCUGAGAGGAGAUACUUCUACUGGUACACCAUUAUAGGCUGGGGGACCCCAACUGUGUGCGUGUCUGUGUGGGCUAUGCUGAGGCUGUACUUUGAUGACACAGGCUGCUGGGAUAUGAAUGACAACACAGCUCUGUGGUGGGUGAUCAAAGGCCCUGUGGUUGGCUCCAUAAUGGUUAACUUUGUACUCUUCAUCGGCAUCAUCGUUAUCCUUGUGCAGAAACUUCAGUCUCCAGACAUGGGAGGCAAUGAGUCCAGCAUCUACUUCAGCUGCGUGCAGAAAUGCUACUGCAAGCCACAGCGGGCUCAGCAGCACUCCUGCAAGAUGUCAGAACUGUCCACCAUAACUCUACGGCUAGCCCGGUCCACCCUGCUGCUCAUUCCGCUUUUUGGAAUCCACUACACGGUUUUCGCCUUCUCCCCGGAGAAUGUCAGCAAGAGGGAGAGACUUGUGUUUGAGCUGGGGCUGGGCUCCUUCCAGGGCUUUGUGGUGGCUGUUCUCUACUGUUUUCUGAACGGGGAGGUGCAGGCGGAGAUCAAGCGUAAAUGGCGGAGCUGGAAGGUGAACCGCUACUUUGCUGUGGACUUCAAGCACCGGCACCCGUCCCUGGCCAGCAGCGGGGUGAACGGGGGCACCCAGCUCUCCAUCCUGAGCAAGAGCAGCUCCCAGAUCCGCAUGUCCGGCCUCCCGGCUGACAACCUGGCCACCUGAGCCCACCCUCCCCUCCUCCUCUCCUCCGUACACAGGCUGGGGCUGCUGGCAGGCGCCGGCCCACGCAUGUUGUGCUUCUUUUCUCACUUCGGGCAGGCCCUGGGCUGGAGGCCAGGCUCCCCGAGGUGGGAGAAGGAUGCAGGGCGCACUCGGGAAUCACCCCUCCCCGUUUGGCGCUGGCCCCACCCACCGUGGGCCCCUGGGCCCUGAUCGCAGACCUGUAAAUACUCCACCAAUCUUGAAAAAUUGUCUCAUCCCUACCCCUUGACCCCACUGUCCUUGCUCACCUCAAGCAAGUCCCCAGCUUCACCCUACCCUGUUUCCACCAUCCUUAGUGAUUUCCUUGACCCUGCGAAUGAGGCCUUGUGAGCUGAGGCUGACGACCUUGCUUUGGGGGGUUGGGGUGGGGCCUGCCCGACAGCCCCCACAGUGUCUGACUUCCAGUGUGGACUCCUUGAGUCUGCUUGCCACCUGAGGCCCUUCUCAGGCCUGGCCCCAUCCCUGAUGCCUGCCAGAGGUCGGGCUUAGAUGCCCAGAGCAUCCUUUAGUGGAGGCGAGACCUGAGCCGAGACUCCCUCGUCUUCCGCACCCAGCAUCUCGGUGUCCAGGUGCCCAGCUCUUGGGUAUCAGGGCAGUGGACAGCUGCAGGGCUCUUCCAAUCAGAGACUUCAUUUUGGGUGUGGGGCUAAGGGUCCCGGAACGUUCUGGUGCUCUUCAUUUGGUAGAAGAAAAGUUGCCAAGAUCCAGAACUGUGGAUGUGAUUGGAAAGGAGAUGGAAAGAGUUUGGGGGCCCGUGGAAGAAGACCUUCACUGGCUCCAUUAUUUUACUCCCGACUCAAGGUGGGCGGGGGUUCUCUGGUAGCCUCCCUUCUACCCUUCCAUCCCCAGGCAUCAGCUGCGGGAGAUGAGAGACACAUGCCUCAGAGAGAUUGCUCCCCACACAUACCUACCACAAGGAACCCCUAAGCCCUCCCCCUCCUCAUUCCUUCUUAAGUCAAAGCCAUGAAUAGGACAAACCAGCCGCCUUCCUGUGAUGUCAGUGAAUCCCGAAGCACCUUACCUCCUUGUGCCCGAGUCAGGGCCCUCAGAACUCCCCUUCCCCCCACCUUCAUGGACAAUGAGGAGCCCCAGCCACCAGCUCCUUGGGCUUGGGCUCAGCUACUGAACUAUCUCUGAGACCUUUGCGAAGACUUCCCUCUGUGUAUUUUUGGCAUUGAAUCGCCACAGAUGCUCGAGUGGCAUAGGGCGUUGGGAGGGGAACCACACCCACCAUGCCUGUUAGAAGAAGCCGCAGAUGGAAGGCAUGGCAGCUCCCCAGCUCCCGUUGUGGUUCUCCAGUCACAAGUUGAUUGGCCACAGCCUAAAAAUUCAAAAUGGGGCAGAACCAGGUUGGGGGAAGGUGUAAGAAAGUGCUAGAGUGCCGUGGCCCAUGUGGGGGGCCCAUUUCAUUCCAUGUCAACUUUUGGUGUCGUUCCUGUCCAAGUGUGUUUGUAGACUUGUUUCGUGAUCAUGUUCUGGAAUGCUUGGGGAACUUGGGUGGAGAGGGAAUGCUGCUUAGCUUGGUUUUAUAAAGAGGACAGGGCCUAGGGGAUUUGGGGGUCCGUGUUUGGAGAGAGCCUCGAGAUGACUGGAGAAGGACUUAGUGGCAUGGUUUAGAGAAGAGCCCUGUGUCUUCGGCCAGUGAAGCACUGUGGACCCCUGGGUCUUUAGCAAACCUAGAAUCUGCCCCAGUUGGGCUCAUACUGCUGAGACUGUGAACGCAGGGCUCCCUGUUGCUCCAUUGAGCCUCAAUGGAGCCUCAGUUGCUCCAUUUGUGAGAUGCAAUGACUUCGAAAGCUUCUCCAAGCUCUGCACUUCAGUAAUUCUCCCGUUCAAAACUAAGCAGGUAAAAGGGCAUGCAUCAUUGCUAUGCGUAUCAUCUGAGGUUUUGAAGUGUACGUGUUUGUGUAUACGGGGAGGGAGGGAAGAAUGCCAUUUUUUCUCCCUUUCUUAGAAAGGAAACAUCUGUCUCUUCCAUUGGGACACCACAGUGGAAGCUGGUGGGCUGGAGGGAGGAAUCACGCCAGGGACAAUUGGACAGGGGCCUCGGGCGUGAUGUGCAGAUCCAGCCAUGUCCCUUGCCCGGGCAGGUUGCCACAGCUGCUUGGGCAGUAGCCACCUCCAGAUCCUAGGAGCAGUGCCCUGAGUGGACCUCAUUUCUUCGUCCCUGUCCCCACCAGCAGCUCUGCUUCACUGUGGAAAAAGAGACUUUGAUUUUAUGUAUAUAUAUAUCAUCCCAAAACAGCAAAACCAUCAGGAGCCCUGAAUCCCAUGUGCCGUGCUGCCGCCUGAGCCCUGGGUUGCAUCCUUGUAGAGGUUCCAGGUUCCUUUUGGUUUGUUGGUGGUUUUUCUGUCUGAACGAAUUAUUGCCCGUCUUGUGAACAGAUGUACCCAAUGUAUUUUGAAUGCUCCAGAAGGUUAGGCAGCUGGCCUGCAGGGUCAUAGGCAGUGGGGGGAUAGAAUAAGGUCUGGACAAAACCCUGCCCUCUCUGAGUCUUUGUUUUCAAAUCUGUAAAAUGGGCAGUAGGACUAGCUGACUAGCUGUUUUGUAUAGCCCAUUGCAUCCCUGGAAUUCUCUGUCUAAAUACCAGCCAUCUACUUACUGGGAAUGGGCCCAGGCAAAGAUUGUAUUUGCCUGCCUGGGAAAGGGUAAGAAGUGGUGGUGAGCGGGGAGGGGUUUGAGGGCUUUGGUUAGGCUGGAGAGGAGCGGAGUUAUCCAACUCCAUAACUCUAGAAGGUCAUUACCAAGAGGGUUUUUUUUUUUCCUGGUUUUAUGCAAUCCUAAAGGGCAACAGUCACCCAGGGGAGGCUGAGUUCUUCUUGGAAUGAAGAGAUUUUUCAACAACUUUUAUGAAUAUUCUGCUAUGGGACAGGCCAUGUUUGGAGAGGGUCUCCAACCCUGGGGGAAAUGGGAUUCCAAGUUAGGGAUGCUGAGACUGUCAAGGAACAUGUGAGAGGGCAGAGUGUGUGAUUCGGGGGUUGGGAGGGUUCAGUAGCUUCUUGGUGGUCCCCAGCACUGGGGUCUUCUUAACCCCCUACAAUACCCGAAGCCAAGCCACAUUUUCUCUCUCAGUGGGUGGCUCCGUGACCCUCCUUGACCCAUCCAGUGGUCUGCAGUGAUUCCUUUUCUUACCUUCACCCCUCCCCAAACCAGCUUCUUCAGAGAACAGGGCCAGGGAGCUGGAGCUGGGCCCAAGGCUUGAAAUACACGUCAUCACCCACCAAGUGUGCUGACUCACCUCCUCCAUCUGACCCUUUCCCUUCCUGGAAGGAAAGCUGGAAGAGGCUUUCUUUGUGAUUCUGUGAGUACCCUUGACCCCCUCAAGGCCACUCCAAAGUGAAAGUAGUGAGUGCUUUGUCAUCAUAAAUUCGUCCUUGAGCCCAGUGACCAUGGAAGCCUGCCAGAAGAGUUCUGAGCAGGGAGUGGGGAACCUGGGCUUCUCCCAGCUUUGCCAGCGACUGCUGUUUGGCCUUGACCCCUUCCCCAUGUAUCUUUAGGGAGACUCACAAAGCACUAGAGGUGGGAAGAAAAACUGAUGUGCAGGUCAAACGUCCCCAUUGGACUGAUGAGAAAUCACUUACCGGCAGGCUUAGCAUGGUGCCUGUACUGUGUUGGGAUCUAAUACGCUUUAUGAGCCUGAAUGAGGCAAUAGGCCCACCAGUGUGGGCCCAACCCUGCCCGUGAGCCAGAAUAAAGCAUCCAUACAGAAAACAUUCAGUCUUGUGCAAGCAAGGGGCUCUGGCUACAGAAGUUGUUAGGACUCCAAAUUGCAGGAAGAGCAAUGGAGUCAGUGUGGCUUGGGGAGAACUGUGUUCUAGCCUGGGGUUCUCUACCUGCUCUGUCCUCCAAGGCUCAGCCUCUUUGAGCCAUUGCUUCCUAAUCUGAGAAAUGGGAGGACAUGAUUUGCAGUCUGCUCCCCAGCCCAGGGAUGAGGUUGAAGUGAGACAUCCUUGUGUGUAGAGGGCUUUGGAAACUACACAGGUAUGGGCUGGUUACUGGGGCAAAGAUCCCUGAAAGGGACCCCAUGCUGUUUGUCAACUGCUUUGAGCCAUUCUGGGUUAGCCUUGGCCCCAUUUGUAAAACCACCAGCACUGGGGGCAAGGGGGAGGCCGGUUGGCUGUGAUGGACACAGAACUCCAGACUUAUCUCUGUCAACUGAUUCAAUUGCUCUUGGGGUUAGAAUGGGGAGAAUUUCAUGUGGGUGGUGAUUUCCUUGUCACCUCCGUGGGAAUCCUUCAAGGAUCUGGGGCGUUCCUUAAGUGGGCUAUGUGCUCCUUUCUUCUUUCCCUUAAUGUGAGGUCCUGGGAUGUGUCUGUGUUUGGCCAUUUGUGUCUUGUCUCGUGUCCGUGUUCUGUGGUUUGCCCUUGCGAGGGCUGAAGUGGGGCAGUCCCCAGCAUCCCAGACGUGGCUCCAGGCUCACUUGUGGAACCAGGCGCCUCUGUGUUUCAUCUCCCACAAUAAAGAUAAGCCCCGAGGACCUCACUGCUACCGCUGCCGCCAUUAACGCUGUGCUCACAACCUUGUCUGGGAUUUUAAGGAUGUCAACCUGCUGUAGAUGACUCAAUAAAUGUCUUAUCAUUUUUC